GUUAUAGGCAUCGACGGUUUGGGAUUGCGCAAGCCAAUCAGAUCCUCCUUUCUUUCUACUGGUAAUGGCCGCUACCAGGAAGGGCGACCUGAAGGUUUCCAACACCUCAAAGUUAGCCGAAGAAGGAAAGAAAACAGAUUCCCCCAGGGUCAUCUGAUCAGUAAUGACUGGGAACAUGGCCACCACCAGGAAUGCUUCACAGCUCUUUUUGGUAUUUUUUUUGUUGCUUUUUUGCCUGCCUGUAGUGGAAGCUUUAGAUAUGAGUGAUGCAUUAGCUUUGUUGCUAGGUGUGGCUUUUAGUUGUGUUGGAUUCUGUGCCUGCCUCGGUCUAUAUGCAAGAAGACGACAUGGAGAGCAAUGACUUUAAGUCCAAAAUGUCCAGAUGAAGUGCAACUGUCUUGAUGGAUGUUUUUGCAAUUAAGGAAGUUUCAAGAUGUUCCGCAACUCAUUAAAUUUUUAUUGCCAUGAACUGCUUAAGAAGAAAGACCAUAAUGGGAAGACUGUGGAGAAAGCUGCCUCAAAUUCAUAAGAACAUUUUGUAUGUAAUUAAGAUGUUGCCUUAAAAGAGAAUGCUACUGGUUUUCAAUUGCAUAAGGAAAAGCACUAAUAAAAGUGAGGUGCAACAGGAAAUAUAAGGGGUAAAAGAGAGGAUAUAGUUUUCAUUCAAAUGAUAUACAGAAAAUAUAUGACAUAGGAAACAUAAUUAAAUUAGAUAUGAUUUUUUUUCUUCUAAUGAAACAUUUCUCUAUUUAAUCUUUUUCCAAAUUAAACCAAAGUAUUUUGUAGUAAGGUCAAGUUGCUGUGUACCAUCCAAUGUUUUGUUGUUUUCAUCUGGUUACAAUUUAUGUUACAGUUAAAGUUGAAAGUUAGGCCACUGCCUUCUUAAAGCAUUGCAGAUAUUCUAAUAUAGCAGUAUGUAAUCCAGUGCCAUCAAAUGUUUAGUUUAUAACUCCCAUAAUCCCUGACCAUCAGUCAUUUGAUUUAUGAGAAUUGUAAUCUAAAAUAUGGUAGCAGAGAGAUGCCAGAUUUUCCUACUUAUAGAAAUGGACAUAGCCGUUCUUGCCCAUGCAGGCAUGAAUUCAUAGGAACCUUGACUUUUUUUUUUUCCUAGUGUGCUUUCUAUUCAUUUUAGUAGAACUUGCAGACAUGUUCCUCAUAGAUUAACUUUUAUGAUUUCUCAGUUGUACUACAGAAGAAUUGCUGGGAACAAUAUUUAAAUGACCAAACCUUUUCUAUACAAUAUAUAUCUCCUCACUUGUAUUGUUUGCACACUUUUUAAUAAAUUGUGAAACUUUCACUAUUUCAAAAUAAUGAAUGAGAUAAAGGAUUAAUGAGAAUUGAACAGUAAUUUAUUCUUGGUCUUCCAGUGUAACUAAAUAAACUCUAAAAGGAGGUUAACUUAAUAACCUCCAUGCUCUUUAACAUGCCCUUUGCUGCUGUGGUUUAAUUCACCCAUGAUUAAAGAUUAGAUAUUGAAAAUGUGCCUAAAUUUAAUAAAAACUUUGUGAAGCUCA